UUCAUUAUAGAAUUUUAGCAAGGUAAGGGUUAAUAUAUGAAGUUACAUAUCACAGUGUCAACAUUACAUGAAAAGUUAGCAGCAUAAAACAAAUUUUUACUUUUGAUCAGAACUAUCAAGAUCAAUGAUAUAGUUCAAGGUAACAGCAGAGAGCUUAAAACAAAACUAUGGUCCAUUAUGCUGUGGAAAUAGAAACACUAAUAACACCUACACUGGUUUCAUAUAGAAAAUGUUCUUACAUAUUUCAGGUCCGACUCAGAGUCUGGUUCAGAAGAUGAAACUGUACCUUUUAUUUCCAAUGCAAGUCUUCAAGAUGUCAGACAGGGAAAAUUUAAAAUUAUUUACAUGCACCCUGAAACUGUUUUUAACAAGGAAGUGGGAAGAAUGAUGAGGAACUCCAGAUUUAGAGAUCUUGUUUGCUGCACUGUGGUAGAUGAAGUACAUAUGAUUUCAGAAUGGGGAACCGAGUUCAGGAAAUGCUUUGAGCGUCUUGGCGAGCUGACAUGUCUAUUCCCUAAUAUUCCACACUUGGCACUUACAGCAACAGCAAGUCCAAACGCAAUAAGCUCCCUUAUAGAAACUCUACAAAUGAGAAAUACCACCAGGGUUCUGGCUAAUCCAGACAGGCCGAAUAUAUAUAUCGAGCAAAAGGAAAGAUUGUCCAACAUUCACAAAUACGAAAAAUAUGAUGCCAUUCUGUGUGACAUUACCCAGGAAAUAAAAGAGAAAAAGAGUGAUUUCCCUGUUACAAUAAUGUACUGUGAUAACUUAGAAUCAUUGGGAUAUUGUUUUCAAUAUCUGACCUAUGAACUAGGUAAAGAUGCAUACAUUCCUGUCGGCAGUUCCGAUCCAGAGAACAGAAUUGUUGCUCAAUACCAUAAAGAUUAUACCGAAAAUAUGAAAUUGCACAUAAUAAACGAGUUACGUAAAGAAACUCCAAAACUGCGAUUGGUACUGGCAACUGUAGCCCUAGGUAUGGGUUUAAACGCACCAUCCAUUUCCAGAAUUGUGCAUAUGCGACCACCAACAACUUUGGAAAAGUAUUUACAAGAAAUUGGCAGAGCUGGAAGGAAUGGACAAAAGGCUGUUGCCAAAUGUUACUUCAAUAACAGUGACAUAGCAAAAAACAGAAAAGGGCUCGAUAAUGCCAUGGUUCUUUACAUUAAGAAUAAUGAAACUUGUCUGCGCCUACAAUUAGUACAGCACUUUGGUUAUCACAAUACCUUAUUCAAAGGAGACCCCACAAAUUGCUGUAGUAAUUGUAGAUCUGCAGCAGAACAGAAGGUUUGA